GAAAACCAGGGGGAACCGGGGAACCCGCGAAAAACAAGUGAGCAAAGAUGGCGACGGCGGCGGUCGGGUGUGGAAGAGUUAGUCAGAAGCACCAAAGAUGCCGCAGGAUUGUGCAUUCGGGAACUGCAAGAACGUCGCGAAAAGCGGCAGCGGAUGCCGUUUUUUUUGCUUCCCAUCCGAACGGCUCCAACGCAAGAGGAGGAAGCUCUGGAUCGCUGCCGUCGCUGCUGUGAAUCGAACAAAUGAAGACGGUACACCAUGGCUGCCGCACUCGAACUCUCGAGUCUGUAGUGCGCACUUCAUGACAGGUAAGCCAUCUCGCUACGCCACCCAUCCAGACUUUGUGCCGAGAAUCCUGAAUAUCCCCGUCGCUGGUGCCCGAGAUCAUGGUCCAAGUGGCAUGCCAGCCCUCCAGGACUGCGACCACUCGCGCUCCCCUUCUCCAGAGACCGACCGGUCACGGGAUGAAGAAAUGCAUGCGGCGGCAGGUCCAAGUGGCGUGCCAGCCCUCCAGGACUGCGACCACUCGCACUCCCUUUCUCCAGAGACCGACUGGUCACGGGAUGAAGAAAGGCAUGCGGCGGCAGGUCCAAGUGGUGUGCCAGCCCUCCAGGACUGCGACCACUCGCACUCCCUUUCUCCAGAGACCGACUGGUCACAGGAUGAAGAAAGGCACGCAGCAGCAGGCUCGCCUCCUGCUUUGUUUCAUGACAGCAGUCCUGACUGGGCUCCUAGCGUGAGGAUGGGGAGCCCAGGCGACAGAAAUCCUUGCAAGUCCCGAUCCUAUUCACGGUUGCAAGGGACACGAGAGGCUGCCGAGAAAAGACCUCGUCCAUCGCCCGACAAGAACGCAGCAGGUGCCGAUAAUGUCGAUGAGCCAACCAAGGAAGACAACUCACUAGAAAUGAGGCCUACACCCGAAACUCUCAGACAUCUCAAAGAAAACCUUCAAAAACACCUACUUAAACUAAAAAGAAAACAGAAAAGACCAGUAACCAUGUAAAAACUAGGUAAAGACAUUCCUACCUUUGAGCUGCAGUGAAUUCGUCUUGACACAGGCUCAUUUCGAAUGCCAUUUCAGUGUUUUAGAUUUUUUACAUCACUUUCGCUCGAGAUGCAAGAUACCACAAACACCGAAGUAAGUGUGGUAAUUACUUUAUUAGCACUACGCAAAGUUGUAAAUAGAGUCAGUUAUUGCAAUGACGUGUAAAAAGCACACGGUACGAUGCAGCGCAGCGAUUUCCCGUGAUAAAAAAUUGCCAAAGUACGCCAAACGAAAGAAGCACGGCUAAAACAAGGCACUGGCAGUUCUUGCAUAUUCUGAAAGAGCAAAACAUGUUGCUACAUUUUAGUGCAAAGUCUCUCUAACCCUCCUCAAUGCCUAGGUGUCGUUUGGCGCAUACAAAAAGUUCUACGUUGCCAUUAAAUGCAUUCAUUAUUCGUGAA